UCCUUGGGAUUUGAAGAUGGCUGCACGGUCAGCACCCAAAGUUAUGCUAAAAAGCACCACCAAGAUGUCUCUAAAUGAGCGCUUUACUAAUAUGCUGAAGAACAAACAGCCGAUGCCAGUGAAUAUUAGGGCUUCGAUGCAGCAGCAGCAGCAGCUAGCCAGUGCCAGAAACAGAAGACUGGCCCAGCAGAUGGAAAAUAGACCCUCUGUCCAGGCAGCAUUAAAACUUAAGCAGAGCUUAAAGCAGUGCCUGGGUAAGAGUAACAUCCAGGCACGGUUAGGCCAACCCAUAGGGGCCCUGGACAGGGGAGCGAUCGAAGGACGAGGCCUACCCAUAAUCCAGAGAGGCUUGCCUAGAGGAGGACUACGUGGGGGACGUGCCACAAAAACCCUCCUUAGGGGCGGGAUGUCACUCUGAGGUCAAAACCUGCUCCAAGGUGGACGAACCGUAGCUCCCCGAAUGGGCUUAAGAAGAGGUGGUGUUCGAGGUCGUGGAGGUCUUGGGAGAGGGGGCCUAGGGCGUGGAGCUAUGGUUCGUGGCAGAAUCGGUGGUAGAGGUCGGGGUAUGAUAG